UGAGGAAGCAAGUGAAGAGGGAGUUUGGUUAGGAAAGGUGUCUUGCUAGGAUUUGCUCCCGAUACCUUCCCCAUUAAGUACAACAGCAACAUAAAGACGACGACGACGACCAGGAAGAGAAAGAGAGAGAGAAGAAGAGAGAGUCGCAAGAGGAAGAGAGGGGAAAAGAGAUAAAGAACAACAGAAAAGGAGAGAUGAUGAAGAAAGAAAGGGAAGGAGAAAUUGAGAAAGUGAGAUAAAGGGAGAUAGCAGCAGCAGCAGCAAGAGGGAAACAAAGUUAAGCAGCAGCAGCAGCGAGAGUGCGAGCAGCAGGAUAGAGAGAGUGAUUGAAAGAGAGAGAGAGAUAGAUAGAUAGGAGCAAGAGCAACAAGAACACCACUGCGACGAUGACGAUUAGCGAGACACAGAGAUAGCAGUAACAGCAGCAGCAGUAAGAAGACGACUGUGACGAUGACGACUGGCAAGAGACAGAGAUAGCAGCAGCAGCAGCAACAAGAAGAUGACUGCGACUACGACUAACGAGAUGUAGCAGCAGCAGCAGCAAUACCAGCAGAGAGAGAGAGAGAGUGUGUGUGAGUGAAAGAGAAAGAGAGAGAGAGAGAGAGAUAGAAAUAGCAGCAUCAUCAGCAGCAGCAUUAACAAGACAACUGCUACCACGACUUGCGAGCAGCAGCAGUCGCCGUGCCAGAACGACUGUAGUUCAAGUCUGCUGCCCUGCCUCCUCCUCCUCCUCCACCACCUUCUAUAACAACACUAGUAGUAGUAAUAGUAGUCAUGGUAGUAGUAGUAGUAGUAGUCAUGGUGGAGUAAGGAACAUGGCGGAUUGGCGAAGUCGGUGUCGAACUGUUGUCUACAUCUUCAUCGCUUACUUCUUCUCUUCUUUCCAACAUCGUCUCUCCAUCGGCGAGAUGUGACGGUUAUCGGGCGUCGAGAUGUCGUCUUCGUCGUCCCCUUUUUAAUACAUACCCCUCCCCUUAUAUGAUAUAUAUACCCUGACCCUUUAAUAUCGUCAUUCGUUUGUGAUAACCACACACACACACACACGCACACAUACACACGCACACAUACAUAAAUACAUACAUACAUAUAUAUGUGUAUUUAUACACGGGUAUAUAUAUAUUUGUAUAUAUAUAUGGGUAUAAGAAAGAAAGGGAAUCAACAACAUUUAACAAACAGAAUAGCUUGUGUGAAAAAGAGGGAGAGAGAGAAAAGAAGACCAGGAAUUGGCUGGAUACUGUCCAAGAAGAGCACUUGUCUCUCCUCUCUGCCUCUGUCAAACCUCUUCGAACCGAGUGGACCCUGGAUAGAAUUUAACAGUUACAAGAACAUUUGACACUGGAUAAAUUAUUAACUCAAACACACGCAUAAUAAAGAAUGGCUGAAAGAAAUGUGGUAACAAAAGAAUUAAAUUGUGGUACUGCUCCAGCAAAACUAAAAUGAUAUAGCAGAGAAAUGAAAGAAUGAAUUUUUGAAUUCAUAUUCACAGAUGCAAAAUAAAUCACACAUAAAUAUAUGAAGAUACAUCUUCAGGACAAAUUUGUACCAGCCCUGCAUAUCAUGUUUUACUGCAACAUGUUGACAAAAGUCAAGACUACUGUGGUUCCAUUCAGAACAUUGGAACAUCUAAAGUCAGGUGGGAAUGGGUUGAGAUUAUUGAACCAAAAACUAAGGAACCCAUGUAUGCCAACCUGACAACUGGUGAAUGUGUUUGGGAUCCGCCGCCUGGUGUUAAAAUUAAAAAAACAGAUGAUAACCAGUGGUGGGAGCUGUUUGAUCCAAAUACUUCAAGGUUUUACUACUACAAUGCAACCAGCCAAAGAACUGUUUGGCAAAGGCCACAAAACUGUGACAUCAUACCUUUAGCCAAGUUGCAGACUUUGAAACAAAAUACUGAGGUUCGUGAUGAUGAUUCGAAGCAGAUAUGCAUCAAGAGAGAAAUGGGGACACAAACUCCAGAUAGCAGGAGCCCUCGUCGAGAUCAUGUCCGCACAGGAUCCCUCAAGUCGUCUCACCAAACCCAGACAUGCACCAUUUUGGCACGCAGUCGAUUUGAUCGUCAAGAUUCUCUGUCGUCCCACAGCAGCUCCAGUCAUGAAUAUCAUAUUAAUGGGGAGCAGCGCCUCCGCCGUAGAGGUAGCCAACCCACCCAGUCUACCCAGCAAUUGGACAGAUCUCAGGAUCUUGCCAUCCAAGGAAGACUGGUACGUCGAGAUUCUUUCGAAAGGUCUGCAUCCCUGCGGCUACGAGACUCUCCUCGUAUCCAGAGGGCCCAUAUUUCUCAAAAGAACAUGGACAGCUGUGGGACACAGACGCCAAUGCAGACAAGACAUGGAAGUUACCGCUGGCACGACAGUCCAAGCAAGAUAGAUAAUCAUUCUUUUCAUGGUCGACAAGGAAGUUACGGAGAACAAGGAGGGAACUAUCGAACCGAUAUUUACUGUGCCAGCCCUCUCCAAACGAAAUCAGAAAUCUACGGCUCAGAAACUAUUAUUGGAACCGAUCGAAGUAUUUAUGGAGGAGAUUAUUCAUCGGGCAAAGAAGAAUUUAUUGCAUUUAGUCAAGAUAUAGUAAACAAACAAGGUGAUAUUAGCCCUAUUCCCCACAAGCCCAAACCGAGAUCAUUUCCUCGUACCAAUCCAGCUUAUGUAGGUGUACCUCGAAGAGAUGGACAGACUUCUUACAAGAAAAUUAACGUUGACCAAUCUGCCCCAGCUUAUGAUAUCCCUUAUCAACCAGAACAAAUCGUGAUGACUCUCCAAAGUUCACAAAGUGGUAACACAUAUAGUGACCCUUAUGGAUAUAACCGUCACGAUAGAUCCGAUAGUGAUACAUCCCACUCAUCUCACCGAGGUGGUUACCUCCACGAGCGUACUGACAGUCAGGCUUCCCAUUCGUCGAGGAACCGUGAUCUGUCAGAUAGCCAAUCCUCCCAAGGGUCUCUGCGCAACAUGUCCGACACUCACUCUUCCCAAGGAUCACUACGCAAUAUGCAAGAUAGUGCGGUGUCCGUACAGGAUAGCAUUUCAUCGAAGGGUUCAUUUCAGAGUACUGACCAGGAUUACGCAUGUAUCCAUGAACGGUCCAACAAUCAAAUGUCUCUCCGCUCAUUGCUUCAGUCAGAGCCAGAGUACGCAAAUCUACCGUUCAGUCCUCAGAAAUCUGAUUCCUCUUUAAUCACAUUAUCAUACGACCAAAAUAACUUUAAAAAUAUUUUAAAAUCCAAAAAGAGCAGUGGAAGUGAUUUUAAUGAGGUUUGCUUGGACAAUCGUGCUGGGAGUAUACUCCAAGAUUAUACUUACCAACAGUGCUUACCAGGCAGCCAUCGAUCUCUAAUUACACAUAAUUCAAGUUACCACUCUGAAAAUAUUCCGGAUCAAGGUUUUGAGGAAUCUGACACCAGCAGUGCGCUCUCUGGCUCUCCAAGACUGCAACCCCACUCAGUACAAACAAAUUCUUCCAUAGAUACACAACAUGCUUCCUUAAAACGGAAAAAAGGGGAAAAGGCUGAACCUGUGGCAUCACCUGUACUAGAAAAGAGCCAAUCUCUACAGACGGAGCUGGCCCAGCAGCGCCCUCUCUCUAUGGUAGUUGCAUCCCAAUCUGAGGCAAAUGUUUCGCUAAGUCCCAGCACUGGAUCUCUUCACAGACAGGUGGUCCGGGGAGGAGGGGCGGUUUCCUCCUCGGAGUCUGCCUUAUAUUCAACGCAUUAUCAUCAACUCAAGAAGCUGUCCUCCGAUAGGGAUAUUGAAAACUAUGCACAGACUCAUCUUAAUAGGCAUAAGAAAGGAAUAUUUGGCAAAAGAGUUUCAUUAGCCAAUAUGUUGGCUUGGUCUAAGGAUCCCAUCCAGAAACCGAUGCUUAGAACCAACGAUAAAGCCGUGAAAAGAGAAGCGUGUGAAGUCUUCAAGCUUAUUCAAAUGUACAUGGGAGACAGGAAACCCAAAUCUACCCCACUCCAAGUGGCUCUAGAAAUUACAGUGAAAGGUUGGACCAUGCCAUCUCUACGAGAUGAAAUUUUUAUUCAGUUAUGUAGACAAACAACAGAGAAUCGUAAGGAGGCCAGCUUACAGAGAGGUUGGGAGCUGUUAGCUAUCUGCUUAUCCUUCUUUCCACCAUCGCUAAAAUUUUAUUCUUACUUAGAAGGUUACAUUUCACGACAUUUAGACCCUACCUGUGAUCUCCUUGAGGUGCCUGUGAGUCAUUUUGCUAGUCAUUGCCAACGCCGUUUAGAACGAGCACUGCAGACUGGUGCGAAGAAAGGAGUUCGUAAGCCUGCCCUUGAAGAAAUUGAACAAUCUAAGAAAUCCAUAUUUUACCCAUCAAUGUUUGGAAGUGUGCUUGUGGAUGUGAUGUUGAUGCAGAAAGAAAAGUUCCCAGAAAGAAGGUUACCAUGGAUACAGACCACUCUUUCGGAAGAGGUGCUUCGACUUAACGGUGCUCAAACCGAAGGAAUAUUCAGAGUCCCUGGUGAUAUUGAUGAAGUGAAUGCCUUAAAGAUCCGGUGUGACCAGUGGAUUCCACCCACCGAUUGUCCAGAUCCGCAUGUCCCUGCAUCAUUGUUGAAGCUGUGGUAUCGAGAACUCUAUGAACCUUUAAUACCAGCAGCUUAUUACGAAGACUGUAUAAUGAAUUAUGACAACUCAGAAGCUGCAAUCACCGUUGUCAACCGACUUCCAGAGAUUAACCGACUUGUACUCUCUUAUUUAAUCAGAUUCUUACAGGUAUUUGCUGCCUCUGAAAAUGCUGCUGUGACUAAAAUGGAUGUUAAUAAUCUUGCCAUGGUAAUGGCUCCAAACUGUCUCCGAUGUGAAAGUGAAGACCCCAAAGUAAUUUUCGAGAACACGCGAAAGGAAAUGGGAUUUAUAAGAACUCUUAUCCAAAAUCUAGACACCAGUUUUAUGGAAGGCAUAAUUUAAUUGCUCACAGCAUUUGAGUUUUUGUGCUUUCAUUACAAUACACUUAAGAAUAAUAUAAUUGUUUAUAUAUAUAUGUAUAUAUAUAUAUAGACACACACACACACACACAUGUGCACACACUUUAUUUUUUGUUUUUUGUUAAGAGUGUCUGUGUGAUUGAAAUUAUACACAUGAUGUGUAUCUGUUUGUAUUCAGAAAAUGGAAAGAUUUAAGCAUCUAAUAAUUAUGUUAUUUUUAUUCUAAUCAUUAUUAUCAUCAUUAUUUGUCAGGGGAAAUUAGCUAACAAAUUCAAAAGCCUCCAUUUUAUCAUAUUUUUAAUUUCUAAUAUCUUUUUUUUUUUUUGGUCCAAGAUAAAGCUUUAUAUUGUGUUAACUGGCAUAGCUAAGCAGUGAUCUCUUUUAAAAAGGGCAGCUAUUGGCAAUUCGACAAUGGCACAGGUUGUUAUUGGUGCCAGGCUCUGCUCACCUCCACUCAAUGUCGUUUCAGUUGAACCCUGACCCACCAACAUUUAACCAGAUUUAUGAUUUAUUAUUUUACUCCCCUCUCUCUCUCUCUCUCUCUCAUCUAUCUAUCUAUCUAUCUAUCUAUCUAUCUAUCUGUCUGUCUGUCUAUCUAUCUAUCUAUCUAAUCUAAUCUAAUUUAACUAUCCAUCUAUUUGUCAAUUUAUCUUUAAAGAUUUUUAUUUUCAUUUUUUUCCCUAAAGAAAUAUCCAUUUAGUUAUAAACUAGCUAAAAUCAAGAAGAAAAAAAAAAGAAAGAAACACAAAGAAUAGUCCAGAAAGGCACUUUCAAAUCUUUUGAACUAAAUCUUAACAAAGAUAUUUAAAAUUUAGGAUAAGGAGAUCACUUACUCUCCUGUUAUUUUCAAAGUGAAAUUAUUUUUUUUUAAUGCCUUUUUUUAAGUAAAAAAAAGCAAAUCUUUCAUUCUCGUAGUCCGACUCUUUCUCAAUAUUAACAUUUCUCACUAAAGAAUUAUGCUUAUGUAAUCGUGUUCUAACAGCUGCUCAGAAUUGCCUAGAAUAAUGGUCUGUGGUUAAUUUCUACAAGAGUACCUGUUUAUUUAUCUUGUUAUUGUAUUCAAAAAUGGCGCCAGGGUCUAAAUCUUAGUUUUUGCAACCAUCAAAAACAGCAAAUAUGUGUGUGUGUAUAUGUGUGUGUUUGCAUGAUAUAUAUAUAUAUAUAUAUAUAUAUAUAUAUAUAUAUAUAUAUAUAUAUAUAUAUAUAUAUAUAUGUGUGUAUGUAUAUGUAUAUAUAGAUGAGUAUAUAUAUAUAUAUAUAUAUAUAUAUAUAUACUCACAUACAUGCAUGUAUAUACAUAUAUAUACACACACAUGAACAUAUAUGUGCACACACAAACACACACACAUAAAUAUAUACACACAUAUGAAAUGCUUUACCUUUUCAUUAAAUUUCAAGUGAUUUCUUAAAUUUUUUUUUAUCUUCUGGUGUACAAAAUGUAAUUUCCUGUAAAUUGUAUUGCUACGGGGAAUACAUUUAUUUUCAAACAAAGAAACAAGCCCCUAUCCCCAAAACAGAAAGAAUGAAGAAACUAUGACUUUCUUGUGUAAGAAAAGGCAAAGGCAUCUAUAGCUUGUAUAAAAACACAUCUUAACUGGUAAGAGUUCUAUGAAUGUUGUUCCCUUCUCACGACAGUUCUAUACAUCAUGCUUUGUUGAAAAAAACAACUCUAAAAUUGUAAUAUAUUGAAUUAUGUAUGUAUAAUAUACACAUGCACACAUACUCAUAUUAGUGUUUGUGUAUGUAUGUGUUUGUACGUGUGUGUGGGUGUGCAUAGGUAGACACAUCCACAUGCACACAGAUGAGUGUGUGUAUGGAUGUGCAUGUAUGCUAGGUUGGAUGUUUAUAUAUAUAUAUAUAUAUAUAUAUCUAUAUAUAUAUAGGUUGCAUGAACAUAUGCAGCCAGGAUACAUGUGUAUAAGUGUAGUGCAUAUAGAGGGUCUAAAUGUUCGUUAGAUUCAAUAUGCAAUUUGCAUGCUGCAGGUGUUGGUGCCACACUUCAUAUUCCUGAAUGAGGUACAUGUGAAGUUAUGUGUAUAUAUAUAUAUUAUAUAAUCUAUAUAUAAUUAAUGUUUGAAAUAUGUAUACAUAUGUAUAAUAUGUGAUCCUUCAAGAAUUUAGUUAAUGUAUGUAAAAUAAGAAAAAAAAAUCAAAAAGCAUUGUACAUACAUGUUUUAAGUUUCCUUAGAAUAUAUGUAGUGUGUGUGUAUAUUCAGGUGUGUUUGCGUGUAUGAUGUGUUGGUUUAUGUAUCAGUAUAUAUAUGUUCAUAUGUGUGAGUAUGUUUAUAUGUAUUUAAGUAACGGAAUAUAUAUAUACAUAUAUGUAUACACACAUACACACAUGUAUAUAUAUGCACACACACACUUACACAUAUACACAUGAAUACACUUAUGUGGGACAAAUACACAUCUAUGUGUCUAGAUGUAAAUAUAUGCUUCACACAUAUGCAUGCCCACACAUACAUACACACACAUAUACAUACACACAUACACAUGUGCAUGAACAUGCACAAGAAUUUGUAGCAAAUGAAUAUUUAUUGCCAAAAGAAAUCAGUUUGAUUUUAAUUUUUCUGGAUCUUCAAACCUGAAGCUAUGCAAAAGAAAGCAGCCUCCUCACUUACAAAUGCUAGGUUUUAAUUCAAGCAACAUUUAACUUCACUGAAAACAGUUUUGAGGAAAGAUUGAAAAAGCAUGUCCCUCAAACUGCAACCUCCACCCCCUCACCUCUCUUUUUGUUAGUUUUCUUUGUUUUGUUAUUACUUCAUUGUUGAAUUUUAUUUUUUUAUUUCUUUAAAUUUGUGGCUUACUUUUUUUUUUACUGUAAUUCAAAUCAAUGAUGCUUCAAAAACAUGGUGUAGCCAAAAGUUGUUAGCUCUCCCAAAUUACUAGAUAGAAACUCCCCUAAAUAUGUUUCAAAUCCACUGUGAUUCUCAAAGCAAUGUUGGAAUAGGUAGAGUUCCUUGUUGAAAAUUCUAAAAUGAGAAACCAUAGAUAAUAGUUUGAUUUUCUCGACUUUUCACCUCACGUUUUUUGGUUGUGUUUAAUACAGUUUCAAUCAAAAUGUUGUGUUAAACAACAAAAUGUGGAGGUUAAUGGACCUUGAAAUUUAAAGUAUUGUCAGGAAUGUUUCUUGUUUCAAUUGUAUCUUCUACAUUUCAACACUUAAGAUUAAAAAAACUGGUUUCAAACUUUGAAAAAUUUCAUGCCAGUUUCCAAUGAUUAGAUUUUUUAACUUCUAGACUUAAUUUUGAAAUACAGAAAUAAUUUCUUUUCUCAAAAAUACUUCACAAUACUCCCCUUCAUACAACCAUUUCUCUCUCGUAAGCUAUUCAAGUGCAGAUUGUUGGAUAUAUAUAUAUAUAUAUAUAUAUAUAUAUAUAUAUAUAUAUGGAUAUAUAUGUAUAUAUACACUCACACACAUAGUUUUUAUAUUGGCUGCUUUCCUUGUCUCCUUUGAAAAACUCCAUUAAUCCUAAACAUUCCGACAUUUAGAAAGAAAAUUCCACUUUUAUCCUCUAUGAUUUAUGAAGACUUUAAAGUUAUUCUUAGGAAUUUAGACCAAUACUGCUAAGCAAUAUUAAUAAUAAUAAUACUAGUAAUAAUUGUUUCGGCUUUUGGUCCAAGUCCAGCAGUUUUAGAGGGUGUAUGUUAGUCACUACCAUCAACCACCCACACCUGCACCCUCUACUUGGUUGGUACUUUAGUUUAUUGACCCUGGCAGGAUGAAAGUUGAUCUCAGCAACAUUGGAACUCAGGCUGUCAAGAAGCAGAGAACAUGCUGCUAUGUGUUUUGUUUGAUCUGUUGAUGAUUCUGGCAGCUCACUGCCUCUAACUGUUGCUGUUUUAGGCAGAAGGGUGACCGGGGAUAGUUGAUACCAUCAACCCCAACCCCAGUACUUGACAGGUAUCCAAAAGGAUGAAAGGCAAAGUUGACCUCAGCAGGAUUUGAACUCAGAAUGUAAAGAGCUGGAACAAAUGCCACAAAGCAUUCUUUCUGGCACUAACUAUUCUUCCAGCAAUAAUAAUAACAAUAAUGGUUCUUUAGUAGUGAGAAUUUUUUUUGUUGUUGGAUUACUACUACUUCUAUAACUAAGGCAGUAAGCUGGCUAAGUCAUUAAUGCAUUGGGCAAAAUGAUUUACUGCAUUUCUCUCAGCUCUCUGUUUUCUGAGUUCAAAUCCUGUCCAGGUUGUUUGCCUGUCAUCCCCUCCUGGGUCAUUAAAAUAGAGUGCCAGUUAAUAUGCCAAGGUUGAUAAAACCAACUAGCCCUCACCUUCCCCAUGCCAAAGUUUGAAACAAUUAUUAUCAUGAAGACAGUGAGCUGGUGGAACUGUUGGUGCAUCAGCCGAAAUGCUUAGCAGCAUUACUUCUGGGUCAUAUCCUGCCACGGUCAGCUUUGUCUUUCAUUCUUUUGGGGUUGGUCAAAUAAGUACGAGCUAAGCACUGGAGUUUAUCUAAUCAACUUGCUCUUUCCUCUCAAAAUUACUGACUUUGCGCCUAUCAUACAAAGAAUUUUGGGGGGUUUUUUUUUAGUACCAUAGUAGAUUAGCAACUUAAUUCUGAUUAUUUUUAAUGUGAUAUUUCAGCUGGAAAAUAAAAUAUAAAAACAAACCCCAGUUGUUCCAUUGUGUAGCCUACUUUUCUCUGCUUGCUUUCAGUGGUCAUGUUUGCCAAAUGACUUACUUGCUCUUUGAUGCUGCUGCUGCUGGGUCGGUAGACUUCCAGAGAUAAUUCCUUUAUAAUUCUGCUUUACUUGGCAAGCUCUGAAGUUGAGGGAUUUACCAUUUGUCAGUACAACUUUCGUUUAAACAAUUGGAAGAGUUCAAUUGUUUUAUAUCCUUCUAGUUUUCUGCAGUUAGUCUUUCGAAUUUGAUUUCUUCACUCAGAGUUCAACGCUAAAGGACAUACAAAUGUGAAAAUGGUAACUACAGGCUUGUUUCUUACCAGAAAGUCUUUGGAACAAAAUAUUUCUAUAUUUUAUUUCUUAUUUUUUUGAUGUUUUAGAGGAAAGUGAGUAAAACCAAAAGAAUGAUAGAUGGAACAUAUUGUCUAUCAAAAAUAGUAAUCAUUUAAUUGUUAGUUAUUUUAAUGACAUAUAUUAAAUCUUUUGAUGCCAAACUGUCUGAGAGCAUCUCUGGUUCUAUGAUAUCCAAUCAUUGUUUUGAACUGAUCUAAAUUAAAAGCUUGUGUGAAAAUUUCAUAUUAAUUUUUAUGCUCCAAACUUCAACCUAGUGAUAGUUAUUUUACAAAAUUCUUUGUUAUUUUCAAAAUUAAUUGAAAGCAAAGCCAUGUAUUUCAAUGGAGAUUUGACAACAAAAGGGUAAAGGUGAACACAUUUGUUCCAUAUUGAGAACAAUUGGUUUUUACAUCUACAAAGAUCAAUAUCCAUCAAUUAAUAUAAUGUCUAUGUUUAUAUACACAUAUAUCAUUUUUUUCCCAAAUUCUCUACAUAUGUAAGUUUAGACAAUUCUUCAGAUACCAGGAAAAAAAGAAAACAAAUCAGAAAUUUCAACAAAACCCCCAAUGCUCUACUUAAUUUGAAACCAAAGAAUUGAUGCUCAUACUUCCCCAACUAAAGUGUUUUUUCUGUCAACAAUUUAAUUCAGAAUAUUUAUUUUUCUCAUUGCAAUGUUUUCAAAAUUUCUCUCAGUUGGUAACCUUCUCCAGUUUUUAAGCUAAUUAAAAAAAUUUUUUUUCUUUACAAAAUUUCUUUCCUUUUCAUGCAUUAAAAGUCCCAUCAAGGUACAUUUUGUUUCUUUCAAAUUUGUUCUUCUCUAUUUUCAUAUAGAUUCUUUUUGAAGACAAAAAUAAAAUAUUUUUUUUAUUAAAAUUUGUUUUAUCCCCAUAUCCUGACCCCUAAUUUCAAGUUUUCUAGGGGCUGCCCUAUUAUUUAGAACAGUUGUUGUUCCCCAAAUUGUUUAGAAAUUCUUUCCAAAUGAAUUGUUUUCAAAAGAAAACAAAAUUAAAAUCAGGUGUCAAAUUAUUGCUGCUAGUAAAUUAUGGAGUAAAUGAGAUCAUUGAUAGCUGAUGGUUUUAAAUGGCAAUUAUAUACUAUUCAAAAGGGCAAACAGACAAAGAAAAUUACAUAAAAAUGUCUUUUUUUUUUAAGAUUUUAAAUUAUGAAAAUAUUUUAAUAUAUCAGUAAAAAUCUAUGUUCAUUAAACACAAUAUUUUCCAAAUUUCCCAAAAAGCAUUGUUUUUUUUAUUGUUUUUAUUUUGUUUUGUUUUUGUUUGUUUGUUUGUUUUUUUGUUUUGUUUUUUUUUACAUUUUGUUUGAAUUCAGAAUAUUUCUGAAUUCCAUUUCGUUGAGAAAAAUCACAAACUUUUGAAAUAUAAUAUUUAGUAAAUUGAAAAUUUUGUUGAUAUUUUUCUUAAAGAUAUAUUUUGAGUUUAUUUCUUUUAAUGAAAUGAAUUCAUUUCAUUUUCUUUUCUUUUUUUUUUCUCCAUAUUUAAGAAACUGAGCUUUUGGCUUAAAUUUCCAAUUGCUAUGAAUCCCUGUGUUUAUGUAAAAAUAUUUAUGCAAAUCUUAUAUAUACUUGUACACAUGUACAUAUGUUUGUGUGUAUGUAUGUGGGCCAGUGAGUGUAUGUAUGUGCGUAUAUAUAUAUAUAUGUGUGUGUAUGUCUUUCACAUACGUUACCAAUUUUGAUUGAUUUCUCUGUGCUCACUCAUUGCUGACAGCUAGAAGCCAUUUCCUGUUUUAUCUUCUGAACAAAAAGAAAAAAAAAAAAAUAGUCGUUUAUCACUUUCAAAGCUCUAUCUUUUUUGGCUCUCACUGCUAAAGACAAAGGACCAAGCUGCGUUCGAGGUCCCUCCCACCACCACCACCACCAUCAACCACUACCACCGCCACCAAUCCAUACACAUCAGCUAGACUUUUUAACAUACAUUUCAAUAUUUCCAUUUUCAAUCUCCCCUACCACAAAAAAAAAAAAAAAAAAAAAAGAUUCACUUAAUGUUUUGAAACAUUUUUUUCCCUCUCUCACUGUAUCAAAUUUUCC